UAAACAAAUCUACGCUAUGAAAAUAAUAAUGAUAAUAAAAAAUUAUUAUUAUAACUGUGGAGAUUGGAAUAUUCAGCGUUUCACAGUUCCGUUCGUCAACAAAAAAACGAACGGCGGCGAUGCGCCUGCCGACUUCCCGAUCCGACACUCCGCGCACGCAUGACGCCAUCACAUCGCCGCACACGCGCCAAUCCGGCGCUCCCUCUCUCCUUUACAAUCCCAUUCUUCUCUACCAUUACCCUUCGUGUUAGGGUUAGGGUUAGGGUUAGGCCUAGGAUUAGCGUUUCCAACUACCCCUUCUUCCUUCUCACACCUUAUGGCCGCCAUGGAUGAACGCCCCCGACCUCCCAACCCCGCCUUGCCCUACCGUGAAGACUGCUGGAGCGAAGACGCCACCGAAGCCCUCGUCGAAGCAUGGGGUACCCGCUACCUCGAACUCAAUCGCGGCAAUCUCCGCCAGAAGGAUUGGCAGGAAGUCGCCGAUGCUGUCAAUGGCCGGCCUGGCGCUUCCCGUCGUUCACACCGCACUGAUGUUCAAUGCAAGAACCGGAUCGAUACUCUUAAGAGGAAGUACAAGUCGGAGAAGGCCCGUGUUGCCUCCGGCGCCGUUGCUAGCCAAUGGCCCUUUUACUCCCGCCUUGAUGAUCUAAUCGGAUCCAUCACUCCCGCCAAGAGACCGGCUCCGUCGCCUUCGCUGCCUGUCGCCUUGCCCCUGCCGUGGCGUCCUACGAGUUCCCCACUGCCUGUUGCUGCUGCAACUGUGUCGAAACGCCCCGCCGUAGCGAUCCCCUUGGAUGAUUCGAUCUUUCAGAGAAGCUACAUGGCAGCGGCAGCGGCAGCGGCCAAGGAGGAGGUGGAGGAGGAGAUCGAGGAAGAGGAGUCUUCUAGAUCUUCGAGAUCUUGUAAGAGGAAAUUGGGGAGAGGGCUUACGAGGUGCAUUGGAGGGGGUAAUGGGAUUCAAGAGGUUGUCAGGGCUAUAGAAAUGUUUGGAGAGAUCUAUGAGAGAGUGGAGGAGGCAAAGCAUCAACAUUUGAUUGAGAUGGAGAAGCAAAGAAUGGAGUUCGCCAAGUGGUUGGAGGUACAGAGGAUGCAACUGUUUGCUGAUUGCCAGAUCCAGUUUGCUAAGGUCAAACGCCAUGGGAGCUGAUGCUGAUUGAUUAUGUGAUGAUCGGCCUACAAGGCAAUCCUCCAAAGAAAAUAUAGUUGUUGAAUUUUUACCACAUGGCUCCCACCCGUUUGAAUUCUACGUACAUUAUAUAUUGAUGUUGUGCUGCCUGUAUACAGCAAGGAUCUGGAUCUGUUACUUCAUUUGAAGUCUGUAUUGGGACAAAGAUUCUGUAAUGUCAAAGUUUUAUUGUUUAAAUGUUUUAUUUUCAUUU